ACGGGCUUGCUUGUUCCUCCUCCUUCAAACUCAAGCCUAAACCCCUGCGUGUUACCCCAAAAAACCCCCAACCCCUAUGCUCUCGCUUGAUUACUAGAACAACAUUGUAGUUCUCCCCACCAACUUCCUAACAACCGAAAAAAGCAAUGGCAAGAAAAGUAGAGGCAUCCACUUCUUUCUUAGCUCUCCCUUUUGUUCUGUUACUGCUUUCCCUUGCCGCAGGGGGAGCUGCUGCAUCAUCACAGGGACAGAGAACUUGGUGCGUGGCCAAACCUUCAUCCGAUGAAGCUACUCUGACUGCAAACUUAAACUAUGCUUGCUCUCAGGUGGAUUGCAAGGUACUGCAAAGGGGCUAUCUUUGUUUUUACCCGGACAACCUCAUGUCUCAUGCUUCAGUUGCUAUGAACCUCUACUACCAAACCCGAGGCCGGAAUUACUGGAACUGCCACUUCAAGAAUUCUGGGCUCGUCACAAUAACAGACCCAAGUUUUGGAAGCUGUAAUUAUGCAUAUUAUUGACGAAGACGGCAAAUUCUCAACUAAAUUGAGCUGCAAAUUGCUGGAUUUUGAUUUAGCUGUCUAAACCUUGUUGUUAUCUGCAGCAUAGUAUUUCUUGGAUAUUCCCAAAUGCUUGCCUUAAUUUUUGGUGGUUUCUGCAUUAUGAUAUCUCUUGGAUAGUUGCAAGUAUUGCAAUUAAUCAAAAAUUUCUGCCCUCAUCUUUCAUGCUAUCUCUACCCAUUUUUCUACUUCACAAAUGGUGGUUUUUAGU